GUUGGUGAUUGAAACUUAACAAGGGUAGACGCUAACUUAGAUAGCCGGACGAUGAGGGCAUAGAGGAGAAGCUACAAGAGAAGAUAGCAUCUCUCACCGCAGAGUUGGAAAAACUAAACCCCAAUAUGCGAGCAAUAGAACGCUUAGAAGUUGUUGAAGCGCGGCUCAAGGCCACAGAAAGGGAUUACAACGAGUCAAAAGCGGCAUACGAAGCCGCCAAGGAAGCCUUCGACGAGGUCAAAGCUAAGCGCUUCGAGUUGUUCAACAAGGCGUUCACACACAUCCGGGAGCAGAUCGAGCAUGUCUAUAAGGACCUCACGAGGUCGGAACAGUAUCCCCUCGGCGGCCAGGCCUAUCUAGACAUCGAAGAAGACACAGACCGGCCGUACCUAUCGGGUAUCAAAUACCACGCAAUGCCGCCGCUGAAGCGCUUUCGCGAUAUGGAGCACCUGUCCGGUGGCGAGAAGACGAUGGCUGCCCUUGCCCUGCUCUUUGCCAUCCACUCCUAUCAGCCCUCCCCCUUCUUUGUUCUCGACGAAGUCGACGCCGCUCUCGAUAACGCCAACGUCGACAAGAUCAAGAACUACAUCCGCGAGCACGCCGGCCCUGGAAUGCAGUUUAUCGUCAUCAGUCUCAAGACAGGGCUUUUCCAAGAUAGCGAGAGUCUAGUGGGCGUGUAUAGGGACCAAGAGGUGAAUAGCUCAAGGACGCUGACCUUAGAUCUGCGUAAAUACGUGUAAUAUCCAAGUCGGUUUUUAUAAGAAAGAGAUAUUUCUACGGGAGAGGGAUGCCACGAGGGACGGGUUCACGAAUGACUAGUAAUGGGUGGUGGUUCGUGUUAGCGUGGAUGGCGAGCCUCGAAUCAUAGCUAGGUUAGGGGCUUUGCCGAAGCAUUGUUACGCUGAAGAUAGAUACCUUUAACAAUAUCCCAAACCCCCUAUUUGUACCAUACGUAUUCCUCCGGAACGGUGUAGAUAGGUAGGUAGGUAUGUGCCGUGUCGUGUCGUUCACACGGUAUCAUC